UACUUCGAAAUUUGAAGUGAUAUUGACAGCUACCAUAUUUUGCUACGUAGGCCUUAUGAGGUGUGAUGUUUGCAAUUUAGUAACAACACCACCGCAGUGGUAUAUUUAUCACAUUUGUAGGAUCUCCUAGAUUCACCGAGCCUGCAAGGCAUGACAUCGAUUUUACUAGAUUUGGUAACAGAUCCAUUUAUAUCUUCAAGUUUCUGUUGGACACAUUUCGGUGCUGUUUCUUUCCACUGUUUUACAACUAUGGCUGAUGGUGGUUAUCUACCAAUGGAUGCUGCCACUCAAGGUGAUUCACCACAGACAAUGCGACCAAGAUGUAACUCGUACGAUUCGUACUCUGAGGCGGUCCAUCGGCAGAUGGAGGUCGUGUAUGCCCAGCACAAGCGUGUUUACAACCAACUCCAGAAAGAUGAAAAAAAGCCAAAUCCUUUGGAGUCUGUCGGAUAUUUUUCAAUUCUCACGUAUUCAUGGUGCACUGAGUUCUUCCGGAAAGCUACAAAGAGACCGCUAAAUGUCAAUGACCUCUUUGUGUGCUCCCAGAGUGAUAGCGCUAAAGAAAAUGCUGAAAGAUUUGAAGAGCUUUGGGAAGAGGAACUGGCCAAAAAGGGAGCAGAAAACGCAUCUGUUGGGAAAGUUUUCCAGAAGUUUCUAUGGCGACCAGUUAUCAUUAGUGUAUUUGUUCUUGUCAUCACACUGGGUUCAUGGUUUAUUGAGGCUAGUGUUGUUGUACGCAAGUUGUUGGAAUAUUCAGAGCAGCCAGUGGCGGACCUACAUUAUGGCAUGAUCCUUGUUCUAGCACUCUUCCUGUGCCAGUCAGUAACCUGCCUUGGAUUCGGCUUAGAAUUCUACUUGAACACACGAUGGGGGAUGCGGUUACGCACAGCCAUUGUUCAUGCCGUUUUUCGCAAAAUCAUGCGUAUCAGACACCUACAUGGCAAGACAGCAGGAGAGAUAAUAAAUUUGUGUACAAGUGAUGGGCAGCGUGUGUUGGACAUGGUCCUGUUUCUACCAUUUCUCUUUGUCGGUCCAGUGCUAGCUAUAACCGGAUGGGUUUACACAGCCAUUUUGAUUGGACCAUCUGCCAUUUUGGGUACCGGGGUAUUCUUCUUGUUCUUUCCAAUUCAGGAGGACUACCUUCACGGAGAUGAGAAAUUGUAG